UUAUUUUGGCGUUUGCUGUCGCGUUUCUGUGUCGUCAUUUCCUGUCAGACGAAGAAGACGUCAUCCUUCAGACAGGCGAAAGCACCAUCAUGUCGUGGAUUCGAGAGCAGAAACCAUCCUUUAUAGAAAGACUCACUGGCAACAUCCUAAAGGCAGGACCAAUGCCCAAACACGUGGCCUUCAUCAUGGACGGUAACCGGCGUUUCGCCCAAAAAGCACAUGUGCAGAGACAGGAGGGUCACUCGCAGGGCUUUGAGAAACUUGCAGAGACGCUCCGUUGGUGCCUACACCUGGGCAUUCAUGAGGUGACUGUGUAUGCAUUCAGCAUUGAGAACUUCAAGCGCUCCAAAGAAGAGGUGGAUGGUCUGAUGGAGCUGGCCAGACAGAAGUUCAGCCGGCUGCUGACAGAGCAGGAGAAUCUGGAGAAGCAUGGUGUGUGUAUUCGUGUGCUGGGAGAUCUGACUCUUCUGCCUGCAGAUCUGCAGCAGCUCAUUGCCAAAGCCGUGGUGGCAACUAAAGCACACAACAAGUGUUUUCUGAACGUGUGCUUUGCAUAUACCUCAAGACAUGAAAUCACAAAUGCGGUGAAGGAAAUGGCUUGGGGAGUAGAGCAGGGCCUGAUAAAACCCAGUGAUGUGUCUGAGGUGCUCCUCGGUGAGUGUCUGUAUAGCAGUAAUUCUCCAAACCCUGAUCUGCUCAUCCGUACGUCUGGAGAAGUGCGUCUUAGUGAUUUCCUACUGUGGCAGACCUCUUAUUCCUGUCUAGUGUUCCAGUCGGUCCUGUGGCCGGAAUAUUCAUUCUGGAAUCUGUGUGAAGCUGUUUUGCAGUACCAGCUGAGUUAUCGAUCUCUCCAGAAAGCUCAAGCUCUGCACAGAGAAGGCCAAGAGCUCCAGCAGCUGGAAGCGGAUCGCUCCUGUGUGGCUGAGCUUCUGCAGCAUCGUGGGAAUGGAAAGCCCUAUGAUGCUCAGACUCGACAGAAAGAACUGUUGAAGUACACCGCCAGCCGAGAGGAGAGGGUUCGCUGCUUUCUCAACGCCCUUCAGCACAAGAGAGACACUGUCUUCAGGGAUUUAAGCAGCCAGGCUGUCGUGGCGUAGCUUCGAACUCUUUGUUUUACUGAUCUGUAAAUACUUUAGAUCUGGAGGUGUUUCACCCCGUUUUAUGGGGCAGUGGAUAUGUAUGCUUGAAAUCGAAAUAGAAAUGAGCUUAAAUAAAUUCAGUUUGAUUGA